AUGACUAACCAUCACAACAGACAAUUAGCCAAGGCUCACCCAAGAAGUAAUUGGUUGAACACAUUCUUUGAUGAUCCCUUCUUUACUGCUUUCGACAGAAACGAUGAUCGCUUGGUCUCCGUAUUCAGACCUACCACUGACGUUUCCGAGACUGAUCGUGAAGUCAAGAUUGUGUGUAACGUUCCUGGUAUGACCAAAGAAAACAUUAAGAUUGAUGUCGAUGAGGAACAUCGAUCACUCACUGUCUCUGGUGAAAUGAAAAAGGAGACCAGAGAAGAGAACGAGACUUAUCACUGUGUGGAGAGAUCGCAUGGUACCUUCUCAAGAACUGUCUACUUACCAUCGAAUGCAGAUUUGGAUGGCAUUAAGGCGAAUCUUGAACAUGGUGUGUUGAGAGUGAGUGUUCCAAAGAUUGUUGAGGAACAAAAGAAGAAGACAAGGUCAGUCAAUAUUGAGUAA